AUGGCAGACACAACGGAGGAGAUAUUCAAGCGCGAACUUUAUCGGAGAUAUGAGCCGAUGAAGAGGGUUUUGAUAUCGAAGGAGCAAUAUUUCAAAAUUAUUGAUGAACUGAAGCAAGCAAAGUCCAGCAACAAAAUGAAAGUCGACGAUGAACCGAUCUUGUACUAUGUCAUCAUCGAGGAUACUUACGAUGUAAUUAAGGGAGCACACAUCGCUACAGGUUAUGGCGGGCGGGAUCGCAUGAUCAAAGAAACACGAGAAGCUCUUGAAUUGUUUAAAUCGUACUGUGAAGAGUGCCAGAAGAAAAGAAAGCGACCAGUUACAAAGGACCACCUCACCAAAUUUUGUGUCCUGCGUCCGCUAUCGUCGAAACGUGCAGCAGAAGUGGCGCAUCAUCUCACUGACAUAUUUCUCUUGUUCGGGGUUCUGUACAUAUUACAGAGUGAUAAUGGGUUAGAGUUCACAGCCGAAGUGACAAGUGAGCUGAAAAUCAUCUGGUCCAAACUUGUCCUCGUUCAUGGAAAGCCUUGGCAUCCAUAG